AAAUGGAGCCUGGGAAGUGAAGUCUCCGGACUGUCGGAGUCCCGUAGUGAAGGCAGAAAGUAGGCGUUGCUAGUCCGCUCCACUAGCACGCCGGUUCCUGGCUGGGCUCCGGGUCUCUCGCUCCCGCUCAGGGUUUUCGCGGGCGGCGGGAGCGGUAUGGCUCGCCUGAGUAAACUCCAGCGGGAGGGGGAGGAGGGUAGUGGGUGGGGAGGCGGGGUCAGCGGAAGCGGCAGGUUGCUUCCUUCUCCUCUGGCUCCCUCCCCGCCUCUCCCUGAGGGAGCGGUGGGAGGGGGAGGGCAGGGCAGAGGGAAGGUAGUGACACGUGUCAAUCAACCCCCCUCCGGGGGGCGCGCGCUCCGGGGCUCGCGCCGAGGGCUCGCGCCCCUGCCUCGUGCCUGCGCUGCUCGUAUGUAAAUGAGGGCGCGUGACGCGGGACGCAGAUGGACAAGGGAAGAGAGAGAAUGGCCGCUGCCGCCGCCGCUGCUGCCGCCGCCGCCGCCGCCGCCGCUCAGUGCCGGAGCCCUCGGUGCGCGGCGGAGAGAAGAGGAUUCCGGCGGGAACUCGACUCUUGGCGCCACCGCCUCAUGCACUGUGUAGGUUUUGAGAGUAUUUUAGAAGGGCUUUAUGGACCACGGCUACGAAGAGACCUCAGUUUAUUUGAAGACUGUGAACCAGAAGAGCUGACUGACUGGUCUAUGGAUGAAAAAUGUUCAUUUUGUAACCUACAGAGAGAAGCAGUCAGUGAUUGUAUACCAUCUCUUGAUUCUUCACAGUCAACACCAACAGAGGAGCUAUCAUCUCAGGGCCAGUCCAACACUGAUAAGAUUGAAUGCCAAGCAGAAAAUUACCUAAAUGCACUCUUUCGAAAGAAAGAUCUUCCUCAGAACUGUGAUCCUAACAUUCCCCUAGUUGCUCAGGAAUUAAUGAAAAAGAUGAUACGUCAAUUUGCGAUUGAGUACAUUUCAAAAAGUGGUAAAACUCAAGAGAAUAGAAAUGGUUCAAUUGGACCAAGUAUAGUAUGUAAAAGUAUCCAAAUGAAUCAAGCAGAAAACUCCCUUCUGGAAGAGCAGGAAGGCCCCUUAGACCUCACUGUGAAUCGAAUGCAAGAACAAAAUACUCAGCAAGGGGAUGGAGUGUUAGAUCUCUCUACAAAGAAAACCAGCAUAAAAUCUGAAGAGUCAUCCAUAUGUGAUCCUUCUUCUGAAAAUUCAGUGGCUGGUUCAACUGUUGAUGCAAAAUCAGAGGAAGCUACUAAAAUGGAAAAAAGAAAAUCAGCAUUAAACAAAGUUUUGGAAUCUUUGUGCAUACAUCACCAGCAACAAGUUUUGGCUAUGUUGAAAUUUCUAGUCCAAGAGCAGAAUGCUGCUUCUCUUUGCUGUUGUAAUACAUCAUGUGUUGUGUCUUCAGAAUCUCAAAAGCCCUUAAUCGAAGAUGAUUUAUAUGGUCUGUUCUGUAGUUGUGAAUAUAGGCUGGCAGAAAGAGGUUGUUUACAAAACGAAAAACAAAGCCCUGGUUUAGAACCUCUGCCAGUCUGUAUUAAAGAUUUACAUUGUUUAUCUUGCCAAACUGUAACUGUUGAACACGUUAAGCCAGUAGUGAAUAGAGGAAUUGCAGACAGUUAUAAUUCUCACAGGUGCUGUUCUGGACUGUUACCAAACAUUCACUCUACAAGAUCAGCCUUUCGUAGUCCUCUUUUGUCAAAGGAAGUAUGUGAUCUUUCAGUCACUCUUAAAGAUGCCUGUAGAUCUCGAAGUCCCUCACCCCCACCAUUAUCACCUGUAGAAACUGAAGGAUUUGAAAAAUUGAAAGACGUCAUCUCAGAGAUUUCAGCCUUAGAAAAUAACAAACUUGAAGCAAACAUUAACCAGCCUCCAUCUCUCACACCAGCAGAAAUAAGCAGCAAUAAGAGUGAUCAUCAAGAUAAAAUACUUAAAACUAAAAAAUCCAGUAACUCUUAUUCUUUACUCUCAAAUGACAGCAAUAAUUCUACUACAAAUCAUGAAAAAGGUGAAACUGCUGUAAUUUUUCAAGAUUUAAUGGAUCGCAUUAAUGAAAAACUAAAAUCAAUAGAAACCACGGAUAUGACAAGCCUUGUAAAAUUAUCUAGCAGUGAUUAUAAUACAUAUAAUGACUUAAAAUUGGGAGAUUUCAUAACAUCUCUCUUGCAUAAUGCAAAAGCCAGUGAUUAUAGUUUUAUGGAAUUAUUGAGUCAACAUGAUAAAAAGGUAGAAAAUAAAAUUAUUCAGACAAGAUUUCGAAAGCGUCAAGAAACUUUAUUUGCAAUGCGCAACUCCUCUGAUUCACCCAUGUUUAGAAGGCAGUCUUUACAGAUAAAGAGAGAACUUGCUAGUCUUGAUGAAAAUUUUACAAGAAAAAAAUACACCGAAAAAAGUUCAAGGAAAUUGACACAAAACAAUGAGAUAUCUUCAUCAGACAAAGGAGAAUUCUAUCAUGACCAAGGGGCUUCUUUACAAAAUUCUAAAAGACUUCAAGAUAAAAAUCAUGCUGAAACAUCAUUUUCACCAAAUUAUGCAUUACAGUCACUGCAACUACCUCUUCAUAGUUCAGAAACUAACUUGUCUUUUAAUGAAUUUUCAGAAAGCUUUAAAACAACUUCCCCUGAGAAAAUGAGCAUAAGAAAGCCACAGGAGAAAUCUGCAGAUGGAAAACAAUUUUUGCAAAAUGAUAGGAAAAAUCCAAAGUUAGGUAAUACUCAAACUCUUUUGAGAAAUGAUGCUUCUGGACUUUUGAGCAGAACUAAACGAAAUAUUGUGCCUCCAGGGUGGUAUUCUAUAUAUGUAACAAAUAAUUAUGUUUUUAAAAAAUCCCCUAAAGCCAAAAAAGUAUCCGAAUCCACAACAAAAAACGAUCCAGUGAAAAAUAUUCACAUUGAAAGCUCACACAAUAUAGACCUAAACAAAAUUGCAAUGAAUUCUAAUUUACAAGUGGUUGUGAAGCGUUUGGAAGAUACAAUAAGUAUAGCCAAAAAAUCCUGGAAUAAGCCAUUAUCAGAAGGAUAUAAAGCAUCCAAGAAAUUGAUAGAAAUUGAUGGUAAAGACCAACAUGCUGACAGAAAUAUGACUCUUACUCUAAAUAGAAUGACAUGCAAAGAACAGAGCUUAUCAAAAUCUGUGGUAGCAUCCGGCAAUAUUAUCAAAAGUCAUUGCAUGCCUACAGUGGAUUUGAAUAACAAAAGACUUGAAAAUCUGAAAAAGUCAUCUAUUUUAGAUAUGGGUCACUUGAUUUCCAGUGUUGAAAAUGUACCAGCAAAAUAUGAAGGUACUGAAAGUUCAUCUGUUUCCAACUAUUCUAGUCCUAUCAAACUCAUGUUUUUAUCUGAGGUUAAAAGUAGUGAAGGGGUCAAAUAUACUUUAACUUCAGUUGGCACUUCCCAUUCAAAUGUCAUUCUCCCUUCUGAAAAACCUACAACCCAUCACGUAACUGAAGAAAAAACAGAAACAAAUGAGGAUAUCUCAAAUGCGAACUCUGAAAAUUAUCGCUGCAAUCAUUAUGAUACUGAUAUUUUUCAAAGAGAACUAAACAAAUUCAGUCAUGCAAAAGAAACUGCAGGAUCCUCUACAAUGUUUAUAGGUGAUAUAAAUAGUGAUAAGCCACAAGAAGAACCUAAGGACAAUUCAAGCAGUGCUACUGAUCCAUCUUUUAAAAGAAAACCAGGUAGACCAAAAAAAAUAGGUCCCCAAGUUGUGAAACAGAUUAAGCGACCAAUUGGAAGACCACCAAAGCCUAAAAUUGAUCAAACAAACAUCACUGUUUGCCAAAAUGAGCCCUUUAGUGCUGGAAGGAAAAGCCCAGAAUGUCUCAUAUCAGAAGUAAAAGAAGGUAUUUAUAAAAAGAGUAUUACAGUAACUGUUAUUUACGGAAGGUCAAGAAGAACUAAAAGGCAUGUUUCUGAAGGAAGGGUAAACAUAAGCAACCUUAUGUCUUUAAACAAUAAUGCUGGUGAUUUUCCAACUGAAUAUAAUACUCCCAGAAAUAUUAGUGAAGACAAAAUUGACUUGGGUGAAAGAAUAAGUGCUGUAGCAAGCUUGACUACUGAAAGUGAGAUCUUGGGGUCUGGCUUUGAAUAUGUGAGACCCAUCAAGAACAAAUCUGUGAUACCUCAGCCUUCCAAGAACAUUAUUCGACCAAAUCAGAAGCCUUUGGCAAUAAGUAGGAAGCCUGGUAGACCGGCAAAAGUGAAAAUCUCUGGCAUAUCUGUGACUAUUAAUAGAACUUCACCUCAGGAAAGAGAAGUAAGUAUUAGCAGCUGCUUGCCUCCUUUAGAACAGGAUAAUACGUCAGGAAAAAAUCUGCCUGAAGAAAAGUAUGACCAACAGUGCACUCAAAUGGAUAAAAUAAGGCACACUGAAGCUGAUAUAUUUAAAAAUGGAUCAAAACGUAUGAUUGCUACUGUACCUUUGAGACAUUCUAUUAGGGAUAGAAAACCAUCUCUGCAUUUCUUACAUUCAUUAGCAUCUUCUAGCUCACUUAUUUAUAGAAAUGCUCUGCUCCAUAAAUCAUAUAAACUGCAUUUGCAGAAAAAUAAAAGUCAGAAGGAAAAACGUAGGCACUCAAAGAUGAAAAUAGCUUACAAAGAUACCCCAAGAAACAGACUUUCGCGGAAUGCAAAAAAGUGUUUGGAAGAUAAUAAAUUAGUACCUAUUUCUGAAGUAUCCUUGGAUCCUAUAAUUUCAUCAAACCCUUUGCUCAGGUGGUGGGCUACUUCUGCUUCAAAUGAUUCCUUAUUAGAGGAAUUGAACAAUAGAUUUGAGCAAAUAACAAAUGCUUGGGUGCAAGUAAGUGGAGAUGAAGCUGAAAAUUGUAUUCAUAAAAAAAGAGAACACAUUGAAAAUGAUCAUUUCAAAGUAGCAAGCCCUUUGGAAACUUGUCUUUUAGAACUUGAAGUUUCACCUGUAAAAAUGCUUUUUCAGAAAAAGUAUGAUUUGAAUGAACUCUGUACUUGGUUUAUGCAAACAACAGAAACACAGUCUCUUUCACUAGUUAGAAAAGCAAAUGCCCGAAACCCUUUGGAAGUAAUAAAUACCAGGGGAAUCAAAUUAGGGACCAAAUAUUCUGACUUUAAUGCCAGCCCCUUCAGAAAGCACUUUAAAAAAUUUGCACUCUCUUCUCCUUCAAAAUCAGCAGAGAAAUUGCAUAUACUGCAUAAAGUGGCUAACUCUCCACUCUUAAAUGUGAAAAGUAAUUUAGCAAUAGCUAGAUUAAAAAGGACUGAGUUUAAGAGGUUGCAUCAUGAAAGGUGGAAAAGAGAGGGAAAGCUGCACAACCAUGGAACAGUUGACUGGAACUCUAAAAGGAGAAACUUAAGAUUUUUCUGCCAGAACCAAUUUUUAAGUAAGACUGAGGGAGAAACAAAUGCUGACAUCCCACUCCAAGGAAAAAGCAUAGUAGAUAAUCAGUGUGUUUUGCCACCUGAGAUCAGGGGUGACUUGCAGCAGAGGGUAGUAAUGCCUGACUUCAAAAUACAUGCUAGUUUUGAGAAUAAAUUUAAGUCAGAAGCAAAAGAGAAUGGAACAAAUUGCAGCCAAAAAGACUUUCAAAAGGGACCAAGACUAGAAAAUGUAUGUCCUAAUAGUUGGAGGUCAAAAACCUUAAAAGACUGUAGAAUAUUUUUGAGGAAGCUCAACUGUCUUGAACACAGAAAUACUUUUAAGCUAAAUACAAUCAUUUACUCUCCUGAAUCUACUGACAGUGGAAAUACUCAUCAGACUCAUAUGGAAGAAUCAAAGCGCUUUACUUUAAGAUCUCAUUCUGCUAGGCAAAAUUCUUUUAAAAAACAAUCUAAAGAAAUAGAAAAUGCUAAAGCAAAUAAUCCUUCAGCUGAUGAAUUUGCUGACCAUCUUGGCAAUAGUAAAUUAAGCAAAUGUGUUAACUUUGACAAGAAUCCUGAUAGUUUUGAAGUUCUUAGCAAUUUGAACAAAAGAAAAAGACCUCCAUGGAAGACCACAGAAAUGUCAACAAAAAGACAUAAACGACAGUCUUGCAACAGUGGACAAAUGGCAAACUAUUUUUCCAAAUCCCUAGCAUGCUACAAGUGAAAACUGAUGAGAAACUGAAUGUGUCUGAUGAGAAUACAGCAAGUUGCCCUUUGAGCCCCAUUAAGAUGUGCCUUAAUCGUCCCAUUGAAUGGAAUCUGAAUUUGACAACAGCAUCUCUAACGAGCUGUACAGUUCAUAACCAAAAUCUCAAAAGCGAAGAGAAAUAGAUUGCAGUUCUUCUUGCACUAUCUUUAUUUUGUAUGUCAGUAUUCCUUCUGAACAAUAAGCAUUUAUCAAUUGAUCUUGAAGUAUUUCUAGUCCUGUGAUUUGUCUUUAUAUUAAAUCAUUAGCAUUAAUCA